AUGGACGAGAAAGCACUACAACCCAUCAACGAGGAAGUCCGCUCCGCUUUAAGGUCACGACUUUCGGGGUACCAGGUUCUUCUAUUGGAAUACCAGACACCUCUCUUCCGCAAUGAGUUGCUCGAUGCAAUUAAACUUCACGAGGAGGCACUUCAGCGACCGGAUCCCACCGCGGCUGAACGUCAGCGGGUCAUCGACCAGCUCACGGUCCUUGAUAACAUGGAUGACCGGCUAAACAAACGUUGGGGGGAACUCCACAAGAGUAUGGAUUAUCGGGUGGUCCUUCUUGCCAACAUCUCUGAAUAUCAAAGAGCCUUGGGGGCAUGGUUGAUAUUGAAUUAUGGAGGAAAACCUCAUGAUCAACCCAGUCUUUGGGCAUCCAUGCUAGUGGGCGUCAUUGACGAUUUCCGAGAUGAUGCCAAUACCCUUGGAAAAGAUUUCAAGGUAUACCAAGAUGUUUUCGUGCGUCCAUUAAAGGAGAUGAUGUUGAACCAGGAUCACGUCGAAAAAAGGCUUAGGCUUGCUGCAGCGAGGCCAACAUAUUCUACUGGAGAGAUCCACCGGCUAAUCGAUCAAUGCGACUGGCCAAACCUAGCUGCCGCAGUGUUCCACGACCGCGAGCUUGCUGUAGUCGUAUUCGGCGCGAGGCCGCUCGACCCGAAGGUCUGGGAGCCUCAUAUAGGCAAGACAGCCUUACAAAGGAUCGACGAAUUAAGAGACAAAUAUUUCUCAGAGCUCUUGACACCGACCACCUACACAAUCAGUAGGCGCGCAAUAGCGUUGUCGACCAAGCAAGCUGCGCGUGCUGCCCACCACUCGUCUCCACGGCCUCUGUCUUCAGCCGGCAAUCAACACUCGGAAGAGUCCUCGGCGGUCACGGCUGCUAAGAGCGUCUACAACAAGUUUGUCAGUGGCCUCGGGCUUGGACGAACGGGCUCAAGUCUCAGAUCUAUAGCCCACAAUGGCCCCUCAACAACCUCGCCCAAGGAAAGUUUGGAUUCAAAAAAUCAAUUCGCAGACGAAACAGAGAUGUCUGAGUAG